UAGAGAGCAUGCGUGGAUAUUGUGUUUUGGGUGAUGCCCCUGACAAGAUUACUUCCCGAUGCAUUCGGCGUCCUCACCAUAUCACUAGUCGCUCUUCUUAUUCUUCUCGGUCUCCUCUGCAUCGCUUACUCCUUCUACUUCCACUCUCACGUUCGUAAGCAAGGCUUUAUUCAGCUUGGUUACUUCACCGCUCCUUGGCUUAUCCGCAUCCUAUUCAUCCUCUUCGCCAUCUGGUGGGCUCUUGGUGAGAUUUUCCGGUUGAGUUUGUUUAGGAGACUGAGCGGGCUUGAUCUGAGAUGGCAAGAAAACGUCUGCAAGUUGUACAUCGUCUCCAAUCUAGGGUUUGCAGAGCCUUGUCUCUUUCUGACACUCUUGUUUCUUCUGCGUGCUCCUUUGAAGAUGGAGUCAGGGGCUAUGAGUGAGAAAUGGAACAGGAACACGGCAGGUUAUAUUGCUCUUUUUUGUCUACCCAUGCUUGCUUUGCAGCUGGCGGUUGUUUUAUCCGAGUCACGCCUUAACGGUGGUGAUGGCUCUUAUGUAAAGCUGCCACACGACUUCACAAGAACCUUUUCUCUAGUUACUAUAGAUCAUGACCAGGUUGCGUUAUGCACGUAUCCUCUACUGAGUACCAUACUCCUCGGUGUCUUUGCAGCCCUCCUAAUAGCUUACUUGUUCUGGCUUGGAAGGCAGAUACUGAAACUGGUGAUCAACAAGCGUUUGCAGAAGAGAGUAUACACUUUGAUAUUUUCUGUCUCGAGUUUCCUUCCGUUGAGGAUUGUUAUGCUCUGUUUGUCGGUACUCACGAGAGCAGACAAGAUUGUGUUCGAGUGCCUUUCGUUCUUGGCCUUCUUGUCCCUCUUCUGCUUUUGCGUGGUUGCCAUUUGCUUGCUUAUCUACUUCCCGGUUUCAGAUUCAAUGGCCCUGAGAGGUCUAAGGGACAUGGACGAAGAUGACAGGGCUGUGACGGAAGAACGCAGUGGUGCUCUGUUGCUUGCACCACAUAACGAGGAUAGCUUGAGCAUAAGAGGUCGGAGAGACUCAAGGCCUUCUUCACAUGAGAGGUAUGUGGAACUCAGCCUGUUUCUUGAAGCUGGGAACUAAAAUCAUCAAAGACUGCUUCUUUGGUUUUGUGGCAAAAAAAAAAUACAUAAUUCAGUUUUGUGGCAAAAACACUUUGACUAAAAGGAGGGUUUUGGGGGUUUUAAUCUUGUGAAGGCUUGUUGUUUGAAAUGCUUUCUGCUUGAUGGAUUAUGUGAUCAAUUUUGAUUUAGAGAAAGAAAAAAAAGCACAACAAAACAUGUUUACGCGCUCGUUCUUUAAGGUCAGAACAUUUAUAAUGCAAAGUUGCAAACUAUGAAGCAGCAGGAAGAAAGUGGACACAACUUAAAUCUUUUCUUCCUUCAUAGGCCCAAUCAACUACUUUCUUUCAUCCAACUUACUGCACAGAGACAUAAUCCUCAACGUUAGCGAUUUAAGGAAAGUAUUCUAAUAUGCCACAGUUAGAAAAUAACUAUUCUAACUGCCACACUUUAUUCUACAUUGCCACAUUUUUUUUUCGUAGUAAUUUCUAGUAAUCAAGUUAGUUUCUAGUAAUUCAAGGUAGUUUCUAAUAAUUUAUAUUCCACAUAAUACUGAUUCAU